GAACCUCCUCCCGAGGGCGGGAAGCCCAGGAGCCGGGAGAGGACGCUGCACUGAGGUGGGCGGCGCGGCAAGGACCCCGGGAGACGGACCGGUCUCUGGGCCCUGCCGACCGGCUUUCCUGGGUCACCGCCGCAGGCAGGCGGGCCACCGAGCUCCAGGAGGAGGACCCUGAGGACUCUGAUGAAGAACGGGCCCCGAGGCAGCACGUGAAACCUUGAGUGGCCUUCAGAAGAGAACGCAGUAAACACCAGAAGGCAACAUCCAGGGUGCCAUUAAACAAGGAAUAUAGUUUGAAGGAAUUGUCAGGAACAGCAAAUUGGAUGACUGCAAGUGACUCAGAGCAUGCCCAGAAACCAGUGUCCCCUCCUGGAGAAGCAUGUGCCUUUGAAAAGCACACUAGACAAAAAUUGGAACUCAGAGGAAAGGAGAUGGACGUGAAGGUGUACAUCCUACAAGAAAGAAAGGGCCAUGUGUACCAAGAGGUCACCGAGCCCCAGGAUGAUGACUACCUUUAUUGUGAGAAGUGUCAGAACUUCUUCAUCGACAGCUGUGCCAUGCAUGGGCCACCUACAUUUGUAAAGGACACUGCAAUGGACAAGGGGCAUCCCCACCGCUCAGCCCUCACCCUGCCCCCUGGGUUGAGAAUCGGCCCAUCGACCAUCCCUGAAGCUGGGCUUGGAGUGUGGAAUGAGGCAGCUGACUUGCCAGUGGGUCUGCUCUUUGGCCCUUAUGAAGGACACAUCACAGAAGAUGGAGAGGCAGCCAAGAGCAGAUACUCCUGGCUGAUCGCCAAAGGGAGAAACUGCUAUGAGUAUGUGGAUGGAAAGGACAGGUCCUGGGCCAACUGGAUGAGGUAUGUGAACUGUGCCCGGGAUGAUGAAGAGCAGAACCUGGUGGCCUUUCAAUACCAUGGGCAGAUUUUCUACCGAACCUGCCGGGUCAUCAGGCCGGGCUGUGAGCUGCUGGUCUGGUUCGGGGACGAGUAUGGCCAGGAGCUGGGCAGCAAGUGGGGCAGCAAGUGGAAGAGACAGCUCAUGUCUGGGAGAGAACCAAAGCCAGAGGUCCACCCAUGUUCCUCCUGCUCUCUGGCCUUCUCCAGUCAGAAAUUCCUCAGCCAACACUUGAAACUCAAUCAUCCCUCUCAGAUUCUCCCGGGAACAUCUGCAAGAAAACACCUCCAAGCAGAGGAACCCUGUCCAGAGGAUCAGAAUCAGCAGCAGCAACAUACUCGUACACACAGCUGGAAUGAUAAAGCUGAAGGUCAAGAGGUCAAAGAAAGGUCCAAACUUUUGCUUAAAAGGAUCAAUCAGAGAAGAAUCUCAAGACCCUUUUUCCAACCUUCCAAAGAACAAAUGAGCUCUAGUGAGCAUGAGAGAAUGAUGGAGGAGGAGCCCUGCAGAGGCCAGAAAGAGAGUCCAGAGGGUACAGGCAAGUUAUUUGUGAAAGCAGGAAUGUCAAAAAUUGUAACAAUGGAGCACAGAGGGUGUUGGCAAGGCUUCAGUGAUGGGUCACAUCUCAUCACACACCAGAGGACACACUCAGGGGAGAAGCCCUAUGUUUGCAGGGAGUGUGGGCGAGGCUUUUCACAGAAGUCACAUCUCAUCAUACACCAGAGGACACACUCAGGGGACAAGCCCUAUGUUUGCAGGGAGUGUGGGCGAGGCUUUUCACAGAAGUCACAUCUCAUCACACACCAGAGGACACACUCAGGGGACAAGCCCUAUGUUUGCAGGGAGUGUGGGCGAGGCUUUACAUACAAGUCAGUUCUCAUCACACACCAGAGGACACACUCAGGGGACAAGCCCUAUGUUUGCAGGGAAUGUGGGAGAGGGUUUUCACAGAAGUCACAUCUCAUCAGACACCAGAGGACACACUCAGGGGAGAAGCCCUGUGUUUGCAGGGAGUGUGGGCAAGGCUUUACACGGAAGUCACAUCUUAUCACACACCACAGGAUACACUCAGGGGAGAAGCCCUAUGUUUGCAGGGAGUGCAAGCGAGGCUUUACAUGCAAGUCAGUUCUCAUCAGACACCAGAGGACACACUCAGGGGACAAGCCCUAUGUUUGCAGGGAGUGUGGGCGAGGCUUUACAUACAAGUCAGUUCUCAUCACGCACCAGAGGACACACUCAGGGGACAAGCCCUAUGUUUGCAGGGAAUGUGGGAGAGGCUUUUCACAGAAGUCACAUCUCAUCACACACCAGAGGACACACUCAGGGGACAAGCCCUAUGUUUGCCGGGAGUGUGGGAGAGGCUUUUCACAGAAGUCACAUCUCAUCAGACACCAGAGGACACACUCAGGGGAGAAGCCCUGUGUUUGCCGGGAGUGUGGGCAAGGCUUUACACAGAAGUCACAUCUCAUCACACAUCACAGGAUACACUCAGGGGAGAAGCCCAAUUUUUGCAGGGAGUACGGGAGAGUCUUUACACGGCAGUCAGUUGUCAUCAGACACCAGAGGACACACGCAGGGGAGAAGACCUAUGUUUGCGGGUGGACUGAAUGAGUCAUUAGCAUUAAGUUGGAUAUCAACAGCCAUAGGAAGUCUCUGCCCCCUUACUUUCCUCAAGAUUGUAAGUACAGAAGUAACAUUAAACAAACCCUCCAGUUUCAUGACAAGAGAUGAAAUGGAUAAAUAGUUCCAUGAGUAA